UCCCGCGUCCGCAUGGAAUUAUAGCUCCAACGAACGUCCCAUCGUACACCGUUUACGCGGCGGAGCUUGCUGACCUUCUCAACGUGGAAGUUCUACGGUCGUCCAGGAAAACGACGAAAUAGCACAUCAACUGUCGUCACUUCACGACACAGAGCAAGUUUAGUCUCUCUCUCUCUCUCUCUCUGUGUUCCUUGCUGCGGAAUUUGGAAGAAAGAGCAGCGACUUCUCGCCUUUUAUGUCAACUGUUUCUCUGAUUUUGAUAAAUUAGGAUUAUGCCGUGCGGGUUUUGGGUUUCUGGGUCGUGAUCUUUGGUCGGUGGUUUGAUUCUAAUUGAUGACGAUGCUGGCGAAUCAUUUCCAGAACGGUAUUGAAACGGCGAAGCUCGUUUGGUCGCGAAUUCCGAACUCGGACGAAUCCCUGGACGCGGACGACACUGUUGGCUUGUUGAAGAAGAGUGAUGGAAGCGGCGUUGAGAGCCUUGACUAUGAAGUUAUAGAGAAUUAUGCUUAUCGGGAAGAACAGGCGCUUAGGGGGAAGCUGUUUGUGGGCUAUUUGUUAGUGGUGAAAUGGUUCUUUGCUUUGCUCAUAGGCAUUGGUACUGGAAUUGCCGCUGUUUUCAUCAAUAUAUCUGUUGAAAACUUCGCUGGCUGGAAGUUUUCAUUGACAUUUCAUAUAAUUCAGAAAUCUUAUUUGGCGGGCUUUCUUGUAUAUGUCCUGAUCAACUUGGUUUUGGUCUAUUCCUCUGUCUAUGUUAUCACACAAUUUUCUCCAGCAGCAGCUGGAUCUGGUAUUCCUGAAAUCAAGGGUUACCUGAAUGGAGCUGAUAUUCAUGGCAUCCUUCUUCUCAGAACCUUGAUUGGAAAGAUAUUUGGAAGCAUUGGUUCAGUGGGAGGUGGCCUUGCUUUGGGUAAAGAAGGCCCUCUUGUGCAUACUGGUGCUUGUAUUGCUUCUUUGCUUGGACAAGGUGGAUCUGCCAAGUAUCAUCUAAAUUCGCGAUGGUUUCAAGUAUUCAAAAGUGAUCGAGAUCAGCGAGAUCUUGUAACCUGUGGCUGUGCGGCUGGAGUAGCUGCUGCAUUUAGAGCUCCAGUUGGUGGUGUUUUGUUUGCAUUGGAAGAGGUAACAUCUUGGUGGAGAAGUCAACUGAUGUGGCGUGUUUUCUUCACUUCUGCCGUUGUGGCUGUUGUGGUGCGUACUGCAAUGGGGUGGUGUAAGAGUGGAAAAUGUGGACAUUUUGGCUCCGGUGGAUUCAUCAUAUGGGAUAUAUCAGGUGGUCAAGAGGAUUAUUCAUUUGCUGAGUUACUGCCAAUGGCUGUUAUUGGGGUUAUUGGAGGACUGCUAGGAGCCUUGUUUAACCAGCUUACUCUUUAUGUGACUUCUUGGCGUCGAAAUCAUUUACACAAGAAAGGGGGCCGAGUCAAGAUCAUUGAAGCAUGCCUUGUCUCAUUGUUAACUUCGGUUAUUUCAUUUGGUUUGCCGCUCCUAAGAAAAUGUAGUCCAUGCCCUGAAUCUGGUCCUCAUUCUGAUUCUGUUAUUGAAUGUCCUCGACCACCUGGAAUGUAUGGGAAUUAUGUAAAUUUCUUCUGUAGCAAAGACAAGGAAUACAAUGAUCUUGCCACAAUUUUCUUCAAUACACAGGAUGAUGCCAUAAGGAAUUUGUUUAGUGCAAAAACAAUACAUGAGUACAGUCCCCAAAGUUUAUUGACCUUUUUGGUUAUGUUUUAUACUCUAGCAGUUGUGACAUUUGGUACUGCAGUUCCAGCUGGUCAGUUUGUUCCUGGAAUCAUGAUAGGAUCAACAUAUGGACGUCUUGUUGGCAUGCUUGUUGUGAAAUAUUACAGAAAGCUCAACAUUGAAGAGGGAACGUAUGCUUUAUUGGGAGCUGCAUCUUUUCUUGGAGGUUCAAUGCGAAUGACAGUGUCCCUCUGUGUCAUUAUGGUUGAAAUAACAAAUAACUUACAACUCUUACCUCUUAUUAUGCUUGUUCUCCUUAUAUCCAAGGCUGUUGGUGAUGCUUUUAAUGAGGGGUUAUACGAAGAGCAGGCCCGACUAAAGGGAAUUCCAUUGCUUGAAUCAAGGCCUAAAUAUGAAAUGCGGAAUAUGACAGCCAAGGAGGCCUGUGGCAGCAGAAGGGUGGUUUCUUUUCCCCGUGUUGUCAAGGUUGCAGAUGUAGUUUCCAUUUUGCGGAGCAAUGAUCACAAUGGUUUUCCUGUCAUUGAUCACACAAGAAGUGGAGAAUCACUUGUUAUUGGAUUAGUGCUUCGUAGUCAUCUAUUGGUAAUUCUACAGUCAAAGAUUGAUUUCCAGCAUAUUCCUAUACCUGGUGAUACCAAAGGCGUGGCCAACCCAAUAAGGCAUCAUUCUGAUGAAUUCACAAAGCCUGUUUCUAGUAAAGGAAUCUCUAUAGAUGAUAUACAUCUAAGUUCAGACGACUUAGAAAUGUACGUAGAUCUUGCCCCAUUUUUGAACCCCUCACCAUAUAUUGUACCCGAGGAUAUGUCUUUGACAAAGGUCUACAAUCUCUUCCGCCAACUAGGUUUGAGGCAUUUAUUUGUUGUUCCUCGCCCAUCUCGUGUUCUUGGUUUGAUAACCAGAAAAGAUCUGUUGGUUGAGGACUCCGAAAAUGUGAAUACAAUACAGCUCCAGUCAACCAGCAUAGUGUCUUUAUGAUGGUUGACUCGUUAUAUCUGUUUGAUUCAGGAUUCUGCAACAAGAUGGCAAGAAACGCAGAUGUUGAGCUUCUUUUGCUUAAUGGUUUUCUGGCUUAUGCUCAAAUAUACAACUAAUGCAGCUCAAAGAAUUUCCUUCAAAGUAGUCCUCUGAGCUUCCAUUUUUCCUUGAAGCUCAUUUUCUUAUAGUUUAUGUUGGUCGUGUUAGAAUAGGUUAUACUAUUCCCAAUUAUUAGUCCAGAGAUUUUCUAGGGGUUUGCAGAAAGCAAGCCCUAAGAAAUUUUGUAUAUGAUCACCUGGGGAAAGAGGGAAGAAGAUUCAUCAUGGAUGGCUGAAGUUGGUAGAAUAAAAAGGAAUGGAUUCUUUCCAUUUCUUUCAUGAUGCGUUGGUUUAGGUAUUCUUCUAUAUGUGCUAUAUGCCUAGACAGUAUAUAUGUUUUGGGGUGCUAAGGAAGCUGUCAAUGGAGAAUUCAGAAUAAAUGUUACAACCAGAGGGGAUUGAUAAUUUACCUCCCCAAAUUUAGGGAAAGUAAAUUGUAAAAACAUUGUGAUAUUAAUUUAAUUUGUUUUUCUUGUCAA